AUGGCUAUGGCCGGCGUCGUCGGCGCAGCCAUGGCUGGAGGUGCCGUGAAGGCAGUGAAGCGAAGCAAACAAGUUGCUCGAGUGGUGGCCAUGCGAGAGGGAAAUCCUCGAGUGGAGAAGUUGAGGAGCAUGGACAAGACCGUGCAAGUCUCGCCCUCCAUCCUGUCUGCUGACUUUGCCAAGCUGGGAGAGGAAGUCGGUGAUGUGUUGAAGGCUGGUGCUGAUUGGGUGCACGUGGAUGUGAUGGAUGGGCGAUUCGUGCCGAACAUCACCAUUGGUCCUGGUGUGGUCGCAGCCCUCAGGAAGGCUCAUCCAGAUGCAGUCCUCGAUUGCCACUUGAUGAUCGUGGAGCCGGAGCAACGAGUGGAGGACUUUGCCAAGGCAGGCGCUGACAUCAUUUCGGUGCAUUGUGAGAGUGCCUCCACUAUUCAUUUGCAUCGUACCUUGAACCAGAUCAAGGCUAUGGGCUGUAUGGCUGGGGUGGUCCUCAACCCAGGCACUCCAUUGUCCCAGAUCGAGUAUGUGCUCUCAGAGGUGGACUUGGUCCUCAUUAUGUCCGUGAACCCUGGCUUUGGCGGUCAAAGCUUCAUCGAGUCGCAGCUGGACAAGAUUCGGGACUUGAAGAAGAUGUGCGAGGAGAAGGGUGUGAACCCAUGGAUUGAGAUCGAUGGUGGUGCCAGCGGCAAUAAUGCCAAGGAGAUCAAGGCUGCUGGCUGCAAUGCCAUCGUGGCCGGUUCCGCGGUCUUCGGGGCACCCUCCUAUGCCGAAGCGGUGAAGGUCAAGUUCUGUCACCGUUGGUUCCGGCAGAGGCCUGGGGACCUGGUGGCGAUGGCCGCAGAUGGGCAGCAGAGGUCCGAUGCCAUGCUGCUGGACGUCGUGGACCAGCAGGACUCGCAAACGAUGCUCCUGAGGUGCGAACUGAUGGAGUCCAAAGAGGCUUGGUGCCCGCUGAGACCUGAUGCUCCUCAUCCAUCGUGGGCCAAGACCAUCUUCAAUGAGUAUGGUACUCAUGAAUAG